AUGUCCAUUAGUGUUGAAGCUAAAUGCAACCGGGCUCGACUAGGAGCUAGUCCAGAUGAGCAUAUGCGAUUCUUCACUGAAAUGUUGGGUGAUAUUGACGAGCCAACCUUGCCAUUUGGUCUGAGUGAUGUUACUCUUGGAAUUGAGAUUCACGAAGCCAAAUUGAAGCUGUCACAGACACUCAAUGAUCAGCUACGUGAGCAUGCACCGAAGUUGCAGGUCAGUCUGGCUAGUAUUUGUCAUUUGGCUUGGGCACAAGUGCUUUCUCGAUCUAGUGAUCGUGAGGCGGUAGUCUUUGGUACCGUGCUACUUGGCCGUUUGCAAACCGGAGAAGGGAACAAUGAUAUAAUGGGACCGAUGAUUAACACCCUACCGAUUCGGAUAGAUGUUGAUGAGAGAAGUGUUGAGACUGCAGUACGUCAUACCCAUGCUAGGUUGAGUGCUUUGCUGACGCAUGAACACAUACCGCUUGCGUUGGCACAACGAUGCAGUGGGUGUCCAGCAGGUCUGCCACUAUUCAGCGCAAUACUAAACUACCGCCAUAAUCACAAGAGUGGUCAGGUCACUGCAUCACUUCCUGGAGUAAAAUUCUUUGACCGUGAGGGGCGGACUAAUUAUCCGUUAACUAUGUCGCUUGAUGACAACGAUGUCGCUUUGCAUCUUUCUGUUCAAGCAUUUUCACCAAUGUCAGCAGCUCGCAUUUGUGCCUAUAUGCAACAAGCUCUGGAAUCACUAGCCGAUGCGCUAACACAAACGCCUCAGCAACAGCUUAGGACAUUAGAAGUAAUUCCACCGGAAGAAAGAACAAUGCUGGUGCAUACCUGGAAUCAAACCACGGUUACCCAUCCAUCGCUCCAAUGUCUUCACCAAUUGUUCGAGGCGCAGGUAGAACGCAACGGACAUCUGAUCGCCGUUGAAUGUAAUGGAGAGAUGUUAAGCUAUUCAAAACUCAACGCCCAGGCCAAUCGACUAGCACAUUACCUGAUCUCACGGGGUGUGAAACCAGAUGAUCGCAUCGCACUUUGCUUUGAGCGCAGUACAACAAUGAUCGUAGCAAUGCUAGGAAUUCUUAAAGCAGGUGGUGCAUAUGUACCACUCGAUCCGGCCUAUCAAAGUCAACGAUUGACCCAGAUUCUAGAAGAUGCUGAGCCAAAAUUCGUGUUGGCAGAUACAACUGGCCGAAAAGCUCUCGGAGACCAUCAAGUACCAGUGCUUGACAUAAUCGAAUCGUUGUCUGACGACUUACCGAUCAAAAAUCCAGACGCAAACCACCUUGGUGUCACUCCAACCCAUCUGGCCUAUGUCAUUUACACUUCUGGUUCAACAGGAAGACCGAAAGGAGUAAUGGUUGAACAUCACCAUGCAUCGAAACUACUCCAAUCUGUACACGACCAAUUUGACACUAUUAAAGAGGAUAAGUGGUGUUCGUUCAGUUCGUUUUCUUUUGAUUCUUCCGUACUGGAGAUAUGGGGUGCAUUAUGCUAUGGAUGUCAACUGUCAAUUGUUCCGUACACCAUCACCCGUUCCGUGGACGAAUUUUAUGAUUGGAUCUGCAAUAGAGAAAUUACUGUACUAAAACAGACCCCGUCGGCAUUUAAAAUGCUUAUGCUUGCGAAGAACAUUAGUUCGAGAUCCAACAAACUGCGAUAUGUUCUCUUCGGUGGCGAAGCAUUAGAUCCAUCGAUUGUAAUGGACUGGAAACGAAAAUACGGUGAAACACGAACAGUGUUAGUAAAUGUAUAUGGCCCGACCGAAACGGUUGUUGAUGCAACAUUUUGGGUUUGUGAUCACAACAAUUCUGAAAAUCUGCCAGUAGUACCAAUUGGUCGUCCGCUGCUCAACAAACGAAUCUAUCUGCUCAAUACGCAUGGCGAGCUAGUGCCACUAGGAGCCGAGGGAGAAAUUUAUAUUGGUGGUGCUGGUGUAGCUCGUGGCUACCUAAACCGCCCUGAACUGACCGCGGAACGUUUUUUAUCCGAUCCAUUCAGUGACGAACCAGCAGCGCGCAUGUAUCGUACCGGUGAUCGAGCACGAUAUUUACCUGAUGGAAAUCUGGUAUAUCUGGGACGUACCGAUCAGCAAGUAAAAAUCCGAGGUUUCCGAAUUGAGCUUGGUGAAAUUGAAGCUCAUCUAGUGGCACAUCCUCAAGUGUACGAGGCGGUUGUACAAUCAUAUGGCAAUGGAGCAGAUUCUCGACUCGUUGCUUAUGUUGUGGCUGAUAAAGACAGAUCUCUGGUCCAAAUUCUACGCAUAUACUUAACGAACAUAUUGCCUGAGUACAUGGUUCCAGCAGCUUAUGUGUGUUUACCUUCCUUGCCGCUCACACCUAAUCGCAAGCUAGACCGACGAGCGUUACCACCUCCGGACGAUGAGGCGUUUGCUCGACAGCAUUAUGAAUAUCCACAGGGUAGAAUGGAAGAAAAACUGGCUGAUAUCUGGUGUGAACUGCUUAGCAUUGAGCGCAUCAGCCGACACGACAAUUUUUUUACACUUGGAGGUCAUUCUUUGUUGGUCGUACGAUUAUUGGCACAGUUGAGACAUAUCGGAUUGGACACCACUGCACGGGAAGUAUUUGAUGCUCCUAGUCUUGCCACAUUAGCUGCGACUCUCACUCGGUAUCAAGCAGUGGAAAUUCCGCCCAAUCUUAUUACUGCAGACAGCAAGGAGAUUACACCAGAAAUGCUCCCGCUUAUCUCUCUGUCUCAGGCUGAGAUUAAUGCAAUUAUUGCACAGAUACCUGGCGGAGUAGCGAAUAUUCAAGAUAUUUAUGGGCUAGCGCCGUUUAAGAGCGGUAUAUUAUUUCAUCAUAUAAAAGCUGAACGCGGUGACCCAUACCUUCUUCUACAUCGUAUGCAUUUUACUGACCGGAUGGCACUUGAACGUUAUGCGGAUGCCUUGCAACAGGUUGUUUCGCGACACGAUAUUCUGCGCACUGUUUUCAUUUGGGAAGGUCUCAAUGAACCUGCACAGGUCGUUUUGCGCCGGGUUCCUUCGUUACUCACCAAGAUUAUAUUGGAUGAUGACACUGGUGAAUCGGUACUAGAGCGAUUGAGUCACCAAUUUAAUCCGCGUCACUAUCGUUUACAGUUGACAAAGGCACCGCUAUUGCGUCUGAUGGCUUCAAAAACAUCUGAAGGUAGCUGGGUGGCCCUGCAACUGAUUCAUCAGAUAAUUAGUGACCAUACAUCAACGGGGAAACUUGUGGAAGAAGUUCAUGCCAUCAUCGACGAAAAGAUUGAAAAGAUGCCAACGCCAACACCAUUCCGUCAUUUUGUGGCCCAGACUAGACUUGGACCUAGUCCAGAUGAGCAUAUGCGAUUCUUCACUGAAAUGUUGGGUGAUAUUGAUGAGCCAACCUUGCCAUUUGGUCUGAGCGACGUUACUUUUGGAACUGAGAUCCACGAAGCCAAAUUGAAGCUGCCACAGACACUCAAUGAUCAGCUACGUGAGCACGCACGGAAGUUACAGGUCAGUCUGGCUAGUAUUUGUCAUUUGGCUUGGGCACAAGUGCUUUCUCGAUCUAGUAAUCGUGAGGCAGUAGUCUUUGGUACUGUGCUACUUGGCCGUUUGCAAACCGGAGAAGGGAACAAUGAUAUAAUGGGACCGAUGAUGAACACCCUACCGAUUCGGAUAGAUAUUGAUGAGAGCACUGUCGGGACUGCAGUACGCCGUACCCAUGCUCGGUUGAGUGCUUUGCUGGCGCAUGAACAAGCACCACUUGUGUUGGCACAACGCUGCAGCGGAGUACCAGCUGGUUUGCCGCUAUUCAGUGCAUUGCUGAACUAUCGCCAUAAUCAGAAGAGAUUGAAGGUCACUGCAUCACUUCCUGGAGUCACUUUCUUAGGCGAAGAGGAGCGAACUAAUUAUCCAUUGGCGCUCUCGGUUGAAGAUGAUGGUGAUUCACUAGGACUGACAGCUCAAAUAAUUUCACCAAUGUCAGCAGCUCGAAUCGGUGCAUACAUGCAACAAGCCUUGGUAUCGCUAGCCGACGCUCUAACUCACAAGCCACGACAACCAGUUCGAUCAUUGGCUGUGAUGCCGCCAGAAGAGCGCACAUUACUACUGCACACUUUAAAUCAAACCACGGUCGAUUAUCCAUCUGACUGUUGUCUCCACCAAUUAUUAGAAGCUCAGGUGAAACGUGAUGGACAGGCGAUCGCCGUGGAGUGUGAAGGAAAGACUCUAAGCUACGCAGGACUCAAUGUUCAAGCCAACCAAUUGGCAAAUUACCUAAUUACUCGAGGCGUUAAACCAGAUAAUCGCGUUGCACUUUGCGUUGAGCGUAGUACAACAAUGAUCGUAGCAAUGCUAGGUAUUCUAAAAGCCGGCGCUGCGUAUGUACCACUUGAUCCUGUCUAUCCAAGUCAACGACUGGCCAAUAUUUUACUGGAUGCGGACCCUAUAUUUCUAUUAGCAGAUGCUGCUGGCCGAAGUGCACUCGGAAACCAUCAAGUGCCAGUGAUCGACUUGGACAAACCGUUGCCCGUCGAUUUACCAAUGGAUAAUCCGGACGCUAAAAAGCUCGGAGUCACUCCAACCAAUUUGGCUUAUGUUAUCUACACCUCUGGUUCAACAGGAGCACCGAAAGGAGUUAUGGUUGAACAUCAUGAUGCAGCACAUCUAUUCCAAUCGGUACAUGAUAAAUUUGAUUUUAACACACAGGACAAGUGGUGUUUGUUCCAUUCCAUUUCGUUUGACUUGUCCGUAUGGGAGAUAUGGGGAGCAUUAUUAAAUGGAAAUCAAUUAUGGAUUGUACCAUCUGAACUCACCCGUUCUACAGACGAAUUUUAUGAUUGGAUCUGUACCAGCGGUAUUACUGUACUAACUCAAACCCCUUCGGUAUUCAGAAUGCUUAUGCGAGCGCAGAAGAUCUGUUCGCAAUUCAAUCAACUACGCUAUUUAAUAUUUUGUGGUGAAGCGCUAGAACCAUCAAUUGUAAAGGACUGGUAUGAGAAAUAUGAUAAAAUUCAAACAGUGUUGGUAAAUAUGUAUGGGCCUACUGAAACUGUGAUUUUUGCAACGAACUGGAUCUGUGAUAACACAAUUUCUGAAAACUCGCUGACACCAAUCGGCCGCCCACUAUCCAACAAGCGAAGUUAUCUGCUGGAUCAACAUGGCGAGCCAGUGCCACUAGGAGCCGAUGGAGAAUUGUACAUUGGAGGUGCUGGUGUAGCACGUGGCUACCUAAACCGUUCUGAACUUACCGCGGAACGCUUUCUACCCGAUCCAUUCAGUGAUAAUCCAGCAUCACGCAUGUAUCGUACCGGUGAUCGGGCACGUUAUUUGCCUGAUGGUAAUUUGGUCUAUCUGGGACGCACUGAUCAGCAAGUAAAAAUCCGUGGUUUUCGAAUUGAGCUUGGUGAAAUUGAAGCUCGUCUAAUCGAACAUCAUCUGGUGCACGAGGCGGUUGUACAACACCACGACAAUGGAUCAGAUGCUCGUCUAGUAGCAUAUGUAGUAGCCGAUGCGAACACAUUAAAAUCACAAGAUUUACGUACGUAUCUAUCAACUUUACUGCCUGAGUAUAUGGUACCAGCGGCUUUUGUGUGUCUACCGUCCCUACCACUUACAACCAGUGGUAAACUGGAUCGGCGAGCACUCCCUGCUCCGGACGAAGAGUCAUUUGCUCGUGAGGAGUAUGAAGCUCUACAGGGUGAAAUGGAGAAAAAACUGUCCAAUAUCUGGCGUAAACUGUUGAGUAUUGAACGCAUUGGUCGACAUGACAAUUUUUUUGCGCUAGGAGGCCAUUCUUUGUUGGUCGUACGGCUUUUAUCAGAGUUGAGGCGGAUUGGACUGGACACCACCGUAAGAGAAGUGUUUGAUGCUCCCAACCUGGCCGCAUUAGCCUCGAGCCUUGCCCAUUACCAGGCCAUGAAUAUUCCUCUUAAUCUGAUAACCACAGACAGCACUGCCAUUACUCCAGAUAUGUUACCAUUCAUCACGCUGUCUCAGGCUGAAAUUGAUGCAGUUAUUGCACAGGUACCAGGCGGAAUAGCAAAUAUUCAAGACAUUUAUGGAUUGGCGCCUUUACAGAACGGUAUGUUGUUCCACCAUGUAAAAGCCGAACGCGGUGACCCAUACCUACUAAUAAAUCGUAUGCGUUUUACUGACCGGACGGAACUUGAACGUUAUACGGAUGCCUUGCAACAGGUAGUUUCACGACACGAUAUUCUGCGCACUGUCUUCAUCUGGGAAGGUCUCAAUGAACCCGCACAGGUCGUUUUGCGCCGGAUUCCAUCGUUACUCACCGAGAUUACAUUGGAUGAUGACACUGGUGAAUUGGUACUAGAACAACUGUGUCAACAAUUCAAUCCGCGUCACUACCGUUUACAGUUGACACAGGCACCGCUAUUGCGUUUGAUGACUGCGCCAACAUCUGAUGAGAGCUGGGUGGCACUAUUACUGAUGCAUCACAUUAUUGCUGAUCAUUCAACACUGGAGAAACUAAUGGCAGAAGUGCAUGUCAUCAUCGACGAAAAGAUAGAAGAGUUGACAACGCCCACACCAUUCCGUUAUCAUGUGGCCCAGACUCGACAAGCAGCUAGUCCAGAUGAGCAUAUGCGAUUCUUCACUGAAAUGUUGGGUGAUAUUGACGAGCCAACCUUGCCAUUCGGUCUGAGUGACAUUGGUCUGGAUGGAACUGAGAUCAACGAGGGAAAUCUGAAGCUGCCACAGACACUCAAUGAUCAGCUACGUGAGCAUGCACGGAAGUUACAGGUCAGUCUGGCUAGUAUUUGCCAUUUAGCAUGGGCACAGGUACUUGCUCGAGCUAGCGGCCGUGAAGCGGUAGUUUUCGGAACCGUGCUACUUGGCCGUUUGCAGACCGGAGAAGGGAACAAUGAUAUAAUGGGACCGACAAUUAACACUCUACCGAUUCGAAUAGAUAUUGAUGAGAGGAGUGUCCAGACCGCAGUGCGCCAUACCCAUGGUCGCUUGAGUACAUUGCUAGCAUAUGAACAUGCACCACUCGUGUUGGCACAACGCUGCAGUGGGUGUCCAGCAGGUUUGCCAUUAUUCAGCACAAUAUUGAACUAUCGCCAUAAUCGGAAGAUAGAGCAGGGCACUGCGUCACUUCCUGGAGUAAAUUUCUUAGGUGGUGAGGGGCGAACCAAUUAUCCGUUAUGCAUGUCGCUUGAUGACAGCGACGUUGCUUUGUGCCUGUCAGUUCAGGUCGAGUCACCAAUGUCAGCCGCUCGGAUCUGUGGCUAUAUGCAACAAGCUCUGGAAUCAUUAGCCGAUGCAAUUGCACUAACACCUCAGCAACAUAUAAGGACAUUAACAGUAAUUCCACCUGAAGAACGCACGAUGCUGCUGCACAACUGGAAUCAAACCACGGUUAACUAUCCACCUGCCCGCUGUCUUCAUCAAUUAUUCGAGGCGCAGGUAGAACGCGACGGACAGGCUAUUGCUGUGGAAUGUAAUGGAGAGGAAUUGAGUUAUGCAAAACUCAAUGCCCAAGCCAACCAACUAGCACAUUACCUGAUCGAACGGGGCGUUAAACCAGAUGACCGUAUCGCACUUUGUGUUGAGCGCAACACAACAAUGAUCGUAACUAUGCUAGGUAUUUUAAAAGCUGGUGGUACAUAUGUACCACUGGAUCUAGCCUACCCGAGUCAACGACUGUCGUACAUUUUAGAGGAUGCGAAGCCUAUCUUCUUGUUGACAGAUACUAAUGGCCACAAAGCACUGAGAGAUCAUCACCCGCUAGUAUUGAAUAUACAAGAUCGGACAUUAUUUGCAGAACUUCCAGACGAUAAUCCAGAUUCGAUCAAGCUUGGACUUAACCCAGAUCAUCUAGCCUAUGUAAUUUACACAUCAGGAUCGACCGGAACACCAAAAGGAGUGAUGAUUGAACAUCGGUCGUUGUUCAGUCUUGUCCAAACCAUACCACGAUUCGAAGUGAGUCCUAACAGUCGUGUCCUUCAGUUCGCUUCCUGCUCUUUCGACAACAGUAUCUGGGAAAUCGUAUUGGCUCUAACGACUGGAGCCAGAUUGUGUAUGCCAAAUGUCGAAGAGAGACUCACAGACACUGCUCUGCUUAAGUACAUAAAAGCUAAAGGAAUUACUCAUGCAGAUUUGGGCCCAUCUCUUUUCCGCAACACAAAAAACCUGAGCGAUUUAAAUGACUUGAAAGUAUUGAUUUUAGGUAACGAAGCCCCGAAUUUUUCUUUAAUAUCAGCCGCUAGUCGCCAAACUGUGGUUUAUAAUGUAUAUGGCCUGACUGAAACAACUGUCAAUGCAACGUUUUGGUUAUGUCCCAAAGAUUUCGAUGGUGACCCAGUACCGAUGGGCCGCCCGCUUCCAUUCCAUUGUCGUACAUAUGUGCUAGACUCAAAUGGCGAACCAGUACCACUAGGAGCUGAAGGAGAAUUGUAUAUUGGUGGUGCUGGUGUGGCACGUGGCUAUUUAAACCGUCCUGAACUUACAGCAGAACGUUUUCUACCCGAUCCAUUCAGUGACAAUCCAAAAGCGCGCAUUUACCGUACCGGUGAUCGAGCACGAUAUUUGUCUGAUGGAAAUUUGGUAUAUAUGGGACGUAUUGAUCAACAAGUGAAAAUCCGUGGAUUCCGAAUUGAGCUCGGUGAAAUUGAAGCCCACCUAGUCGAACAUCCUCAAGUGCAUCAGGCCGUUGUUCAACCCUAUGGUAAUGGAUCAGAUGCCCGACUUGUUGCUUAUGUGGUGACCAACGCAGAUAUAUCAUUAGCACGAGAUUUGCGCACAUUUCUAUCAAACUUACUGCCUGAAUAUAUGGUACCAGCGGCAUAUGUGUGUUUGUCAUCUUUACCGCUCACACCAAAUGGCAAGCUAGACAGGCGAGCACUACCAGCUCCGGAUGAUGAGGCGUUUGUUCGUCAGCAAUAUGAAGCUCCACAGGGUGAAAUGGAAGAAAAACUGGCCGACAUUUGGAGUGAACUGCUUGGCAUUGAUCGUAUCAGUCGACAUGACAAUUUCUUCGAAUCGGGCGGUCAUUCUCUUCUUGUGAUGCAGUUUGUUAACAAAGUUAAGCUCUAUAAUAUCCACAUUGAUGCUCGUGGUGUAUUUUCCUUUCCAGUACUCAAAGAUUUGGCAGAACAAAUAACUCACCAUACAAAUCGAUUUUAUUCUGAUGCUGCUAUUCCAGUUCGUCAACAUGGAUAUGAAACACCUCUAUUUCUGUUGCCAGAUGGAUGGGGAGAUAUUUCUUAUGCGUUUGAACUAGCCAAUGACAUCGAUAAAAAUAUUCCUAUUUAUGUGUUACCGUGGUCUCCACCAGAGAAUAAAUUGCCGUCAUCCAUGGAAGAAAUGGCUUAUGUAAUGGUUACUCUUAUGAGAAAAAUACAGGCAAAUGGCCCUUAUGCUAUUGCUGGAUACUCCAGUGGUGGUAUUCUAGCCUAUGAAAUGGCAAAACAGCUUUUAAAAAGUGGUGGUUCUGUUUCGUUUUUGGGCUUAAUCGAUACUUAUCCAACUAACACAAAUCCACGCACCGAAACGGAAACGUUUUUAUCAUAUUUAAUGCUUAAAGUUCCCGUUAUCAAAGUGAUAAAUGAUUCGAAAUGGUGGACACGUGUCAGCAAAUUGACUCUCAAUGAAGCAAUAGACGAGGUAAAAAAGAUAAAUAUCGGAAUAAAAAAUAUCGAUUUUGAAUGGGAGACAUUGCUCUCGAAACAACGUCACAAUUUUCAAAAUAUGUGUGCAUCGGUCAAGAUCGAUUCAUUACCUAUUAAGAUACAUUUAUUUAAAGCAGCAAAUCAUCAUUCAUUGUCUACUUUUGCUGACUUGGACAAUGUUGAUAAGAGCAAUAAAAAUAGUUCUGAGAAAUUGUUCAACCCUCCGAAGGUGGGCUGGGAAAAAUACAUUCCUUCAGCCGAUUUAAACAUUAUUAUUGUAGACGGUGAUCAUUAUACAAUGAUGACAGAUUCGAAAAAUCGAUUGAUCCUGGGUAAAGAAAUAAACAAAGCCAUACAAAUUAGCAAAAUUCAAGCAGCAAAAAUUCACUGAAAUGUUAUUAAAAUUAGUGUACCAAUCAAUAGGCGGCAAAUUUUAACAUUGCCUUCAAGUAAAAUUGGACAACUCUUCGAAUUUGUCUGAGUGUGUGGAUCAGUUGUAUCCUAUACGGAACCUACUUCUCCAAUAAGUUUAGAUUGUAUUGAUGUUAGAACUUUGUAAAGUCAUGGCAAUAUUUUUAAUGAAUAAAUAACAAUCUUUUUUGAUCUGAAAUAA